UACUUUUGUAUAUAUUUAAUUCAAAUUAUCUGAAUCUUACCUCUUCAAAAUUGUUUUUCUUGAGCAGUGGUGGAGGCAGCAUUGUCGUUAAGGGGGUUUAAAAAAGAAAAGAAAUUAAAAGAAAUUGUAGCUAGCGGGAACUUAACCAAUUACCUCACAAAGGUUUUGAACCCCUUGACCACUAAGCUAUGCUUUUGGGCUAUGUUAAGGGGAUUCAAAACAUAAUAUAUAGAGGUAAAAGACAGAUUUUGCCUUAUAUACCGUGUAAUUUUUCUUGAACCUCUUCCGCCCUCCUAAAAUCGCCCAUGUUGUUGAGCCGAAGGUCUUUCAGAAAAAGUGUAGAGUGGUGGUUUGUGUGGCUAACCUCUCAAGUUAACGUCCUCCAAUCAUUUCGCUUUUUGGUAUUGGUUCCAAAUACAGGUAAAAGGUAUAGAUAAAACCAACCAUAGCGUCUGUUGAAAUUUUACUCAGGUUGACGAGUAACUACCUUCCUACUUCUUGGGUACCUUAUCAUUCAAAAACCAGACUUUUUUGCCAUAAGUCAGGAAAUCUCAUAGGUGGACUUGCUCUUCUAGCUAUGUCUUUUAACUAGCCUCUCUUUUAAUAAAAUCGUUGUAAAGUUUCGAGCUUCAACCCUUCACUGGAGUGUUAACCUGGUAGAAAUGGAUAUUCCAUCAGAUGACUUCUCUCCGUCCAUCAUGCAGCUUCCAGACGAUUGUUUACUCUCUAUUUUUCAACACCUUGACUGCGGAUGUGACCGUGAGUCAUUUGGCUUAACAUGUCGUCGUUGGCUUCAAAUUCAAAAUCUAAAUAGAAGAUCUUUACAGUUCCAAUGCGCUUUUACUAUGCUUAGUAUUUCCUCAUUAUCCCAAAAUAACUCCCAAAUCAGUAUAUUCCAGUUAUCUAGGCUUCUGAACCGUUUCCAGCAGCUAGAAUCAUUGUCCCUGUCCGGAUGCACCGAGCUUCCAGAUUCGGGUUUGGCUUUGUUGCCACGUCAUGGCUCGAAAUUGCAACGUCUUCAUCUUGACUGUUGUUUUAGGAUAACUGAUUAUGGUCUUUCCUUCGUGGCAUCUGGCUGUUCUUCGUUGGUAAUACUAAGUCUUUACCGGUGUAAUGUUACAGAUUACGGGUUAGAGGCCUUAUCUAAUUCUUGCGUAGCUUUAGAAGAUCUGAAUUUGUCAUAUUGCCCUCGAAUCUCUGAUUAUGGCAUAAGAACUAUUUCACAAAACUGCCGUCAUCUUAGAGCUGUCAGGAUAUCCUAUUGUAGAAACCUAACCGGUGCUGGCUUUCAACGAUGUUCUCAGACUCUGACUUAUUUGGAAGCCGAUUCAUGUAGGCUCGAGCCUAAUGGAAUACGGAGUAUCCUAAGUGGAGGUGGACUUGAAUAUUUGAGUGUGUGUAACUUGACCUGGUGUAUUCAUGUCGAUGGUUUAGUAGCUAUUAGCGUCGGAUUUGCUGCAAAGUUGAAAGUGUUAAAUUUCCGGUUCAGCAGAACGAUUGGCGAUAACUGUAUCAUGGCUAUAGCAAAGGGUUGUCCGUUGCUUCAGGAAUGGAACUUAGCAUUAUGCCAUGGGGUCAUGAUAGGAGGGUGGGAAUCUAUUGCAUCACAUUGUCAUAACUUGAAGACGCUACACGUUAAUCGGUGCAGAAAUCUCUGUGACCGCGGAUUGCAAGCGUUGAGAACCGGCUGCAAAUGUCUCUCCAUCCUUUACAUUACCAGAUGUUCUCAGAUCAGUGCUGUAGCAUUGGAGAAUUUUAAACUUACCAGAGGAAAUGUAGAGGUCAAAGAAGAAGAAAUAAUGUGUAUUUGCCCACAAGGAGCCUUUCGGUUUUAAAUAGGUGGCAACAAUCUUCAAGAUUCUUGUGUAUAAUUUCUUAUGUUCUUUGUGUGUGCCUCAUAAGCAAAAGAUGAUUUGAUUAAUCAUGUAUACAAUUACAAUAAAUAUUGCUCUACAAAUUGCAGAAAUAUUGUUCAUUCCCCAUGCUCUAAGGGUAUGGAUUCAUA